AUGGUGACCAUUAUCAAUUGUCUAUGUACAAUUGUUUUAACUAGUUCAUCAACAAAUAAUAUAAGCAAUCGAAUUGAUCCAAUUGUACGUAAUCUUAAACAUAUUGUUGAUACAGCACUUCAAGAUGAUACAUCAAAUGAUAUUGAUAAUAAAUUUUUAAUUGAACAAUUAAGUCGAAUACUUGAACAAGAAGAAGGUUUUAGAAUAGCUGAUCGUAAACAAAGAUCAAUUUAUUCAACUAGUGAUGAUAAUACAAGAAUUUUUGAUGGAUCAGGAGAUCUUGAAAGUGAAGAAUUACCACCAGUCUAUUCAAAUAUGAGUAUCGUAGCAUUUACUAUGGGAACUACUACAACUGCUUUCACUAAAUAUACACCUCGUCCAUAUUCUCCAUGUCAUUGUGAAAAGGGCGAACGCGGCGAGAAAGGUGAUGCCGGUAUAUGUCCGGCAGAUUGUUCUGUAAGAUAUAGUACGACAACAAAAGAUUGUCUUGGCUCACAAAUUAAUCUCGAACAUCUGGCUCAAUCAUUACGUCAAUUAAUUAUUGAUACUAAAAAAAUUGCUUAUCGAAAUGCUCUAGCAGUACCAUGUGUAUGUACACCAUCAUCAACAACAGUAUCAUCAAUAUCUACUCCAUUUACUCUGGAUUAUAAUACUUAUAUGCGAUUGAAAGGUGAUAAAGGUGAUCCUGGUACAUCAUGUUCAUCAACAUGUGUACAGUCAAUGCAGACUAAUGUACGAGUAUUUAAAACAUUACAUCAAGCAAUAAUUGCUUCAUCAACUUAUCCAGAUCAUACAUAUGUUCAUAUUGUUAAUGACCAUGGACGUUUACAAGGUGUUUAUAUACGAGUUCAUGGUCAAUUAAUACCAUUACGAUUAGAAAGCGAUAGUUCACAUUAUGUACCAGAACAAACAUUACCACCGACGACAUUAUCUAUCCCAAAACCGCUUCAUAUAUUUGCUAUUGGUCCUCGUGUACGUAAAAUGUGUUAUCCAGAACGAACAAAUUUAUUAUGUUCAAAAUUAUCUGAUUAUGAUGAUUUAUGUGAUCAUAUAUCUCAACGUCAAGGUUUAACAGGUUUUUAUCGAGCAUUUAUGUCAACAAGUACACAAUGGUUAUCAAAUUUAUUUGCUGGUAUUUGUGUUAAUGCAAAUCUUGUUAAUAUGCAUGAACAAAUUAUAUUUGAUACAAUUGAAGAUAUGUUUCAACAAAAAUUACUACAAAAUGACAUUCUUGAUGUACAAGGAUUAAAACCUCAAUUUCAAUAUUGGUGGCAUGGUACUCAUAUCAAUGGAACAGCUUCAACUGAUACAUGUCAUGAUUGGAGUCGUCAAGAUUCAAGUUUAUCUGGUCUUGCAAGUCCUAUACCAGAUAGUAAACAUGGAUUAUUUCGUCAAUUACAUACAUGGCCAUGUUCAAUAGAUGAUAUAAAUAUGGGAAUUUUUUGUAUUGAAACAAAUUGUCAACGAAUAAAUUAUCAUUAA